ACCAUAAGCGUGAUGCAGCCAGGGCAGAAGAUGCACUAACACUCUCCUUUGGUAGUGAGCUGAUUGGCAUGCAACGGGAUUGGAAUGAGGAGUUGCAGUCUUGUCGGGAGUUUCCUCAUACAACUCCGCAGGAAAGGGUUUUGCGUGAUAGGGCUCUCCACAAAGUAACUUCAGAUUUCGUCGAUGCAGCUAUCCGUGGUGCUAUUGGAGUCAUCAACAGAUGCAUACCCCCAAUAAAUCCAACCGAUCCAGAAUGCUUUCACAUGUAUGUACACAACAAUAUUUUCUUCAGCUUUGCUGUGGAUGCGGACCUUGAACACAUAUCCAAGAGAUCUGCGUCUGAUGGUAAUUCAAAAAACCAGGGCACAAGCUCUUUACAUGGUCCUUCGGAGAGGGCUAUUGAUCGUUCAUUGCACGGUGACAUUGUACUUUCUUAUGGUGAAAGAUGUAAUUCACGUGGUACUUUGGAAGUUAAUGGUAUAACUGAAUCUUCACCUGAUGGUUCAACUGAGAUUCAGUUGACUGAGAGUGAGCAAGCUACAUAUGCCUCUGCAAAUAACGAUUUGAAAGGCACACAAGCAUAUCAGGAAGCAGAUGUCCCUGGGCUUUACAACCUUGCCAUGGCAAUCAUUGAUCACAGGGGUCAUAGAGUGGUAGCUCAGAGUGUUCUUCCUGGCAUUCUUCAAGGGGACAAAUCCGACUCUCUUCUGUAUGGUUCUGUUGACAAUGGUAAAAAAAUCAACUGGAAUGAAGAAUUCCAUGCCAAGGUGUUGGAAGCUGCCAAACGUCUGCAUUUAAAGGAACACUCUGUCCUCGAUGCAUCUGGGAAUGUUUUCAAGUUAGCUGCACCGGUGGAAUGCAAGGGCAUUGUAGGUAGUGAUGACAGGCAUUAUCUUCUUGACUUAAUGAGAGUAACUCCCCGUGAUGCAAACUAUACUGGGCCAGGAUCUCGAUUUUGUAUUCUAAGACCAGAGCUUAUUACUGCGUUUUGCCAGGCCCAAGCUGCAGAUCAGCUAAAAUCCAAGGUUGAGUGUGAAGGAGCUAGCAUAGUUGAUUCUCCUCAAGUGGCUGAUGGUGGAAAACAAGAGGAGGAAGUCUCAGCUGUAACUAGUGUUGGAAGUGAUACUAGCAAGGACAAGAAGACCGAGGAUCUCAAAGAGAGCUCACAAUCACAGAAUGAAAUCUUUUUUAAUCCUAAUGUCUUAACUGAGUUUAAGUUGGCUGGGAGUGAAGAGGAGAUUGAAGAAGACAAAAAUAAUGUGAGGGGAGCCAGUAUGUUCCUCACAGAUGUUGUGCUUCCAAAAUUCAUUCAAGAUCUCUGCACACUGGAAGUCUCACCAAUGGAUGGCCAGACCUUGACUGAGGCACUCCAUGCUCAGGGAAUUAAUGUUCGGUAUAUAGGAAAAGUUGCUGAGGGCACUAAACAUUUACCCCAUUUAUGGGACCUUUGUUCUAAUGAG